AUGCCGCGCUCCUUCCUCGUCAAGAGCAAGAAGGCUCACAGCUACCACCAGCCGCGCUCGCCGGGGCCCGACUAUUCCCUCCACCUGGGCAAUGUGCCCGCGCCCGGCCGGGCAGAGAGCACGUCGAGCGCGGGCGAGGCGGAGGCGGAGUCCCGGGGCCGCUUGUCUCCCGAGUCGCAGCUCACUGAGGCCCCCGACGGAACCUCCGCGUCCCCAGGCAGUUACGAUGGCAGCAUCUGUGAUCGAAGCUCCGAGUUUGAGGACCUCUGGAGGCCCCCGUCGCCCUCGGUGUCCCCAGCCUCGGAGAAGUCGGUGUGCCCGUCUCUGGACGAAACCCAGGCCUUCCCGCUCGCCUUCAAGCCGUACUCGUGGAGCGGCCUGGCGGGUACCGACUUGCGGCACCUGGUGCAGAGCUACCGGCCGUGCGCCGCCCUGGAACGAGGCGCCGGCCUCGGUCUCUUCUGCGAGCGCGCCCCGGAGCCCGGCCACCCGGCCGUGGAGUCGGAGCUGCUGUGCACUCGCCUGCUGCUGGGGGGCGGCUCCUACAAGUGCAUCAAGUGCAGCAAGGUAUUCUCCACGCCUCACGGGCUCGAGGUGCACGUGCGCAGGUCCCACAGCGGCACGAGACCCUUUGCCUGUGAGCUGUGCGGCAAGACCUUCGGGCACGCGGUGAGCCUGGAGCAGCACAAGGCCGUGCACUCACAGGAAAGGAGCUUUGACUGCAAGAUCUGUGGCAAGAGCUUCAAGAGGUCAUCCACCCUGUCCACGCACCUGCUCAUCCACUCAGACACAAGGCCCUAUCCCUGUCAGUACUGCGGCAAGAGGUUCCACCAGAAGUCAGACAUGAAGAAACACACCUUCAUUCACACUGGUGAGAAGCCCCACAAGUGCCAGGUGUGUGGCAAGGCCUUCAGCCAGAGCUCCAACCUCAUCACCCACAGCCGCAAGCACACAGGCUUUAAGCCUUUUGGCUGUGACCUGUGUGGGAAGGGCUUCCAGAGGAAGGUGGACCUCAGGCGGCACCGGGAGACACAGCAUGGGCUCAAAUGA